UCUUCUAGUGAAGACAGAAACAGACGCACUUAAAAUUCAACAACUAUUCUUCUUCUUUUCUCUUCUCUUCUCUACUGUAUCAUUUAUCCCUCUUUAUUAUCAUCGACCAAUCACUCCAAUCUUACGGCGACGGAGAAAUGGAGAACGCUGACGUCUUCCUCGGAUUGCAGGACUUCCUUGAACGCAUGCGUCAACCGUCCGCCGCCGAUUUCGUUAAAUCCAUUAAAAGUUUUAUUGUAUCAUUUUCAAACAAUACUCCUGAUCCUGAAAGAGACAGUGCUCUAGUACAAGAGUUUUUGGCUAAUAUGGAAGCAGCUUUUAGGGCACAUCCACUUUGGGCUGGUUGCUCUGAUGACGAUUUAGAGAGUGCUGGCGAAGGACUCGAGAAGUAUGUAAUGACAAAGUUAUUUACCCGUGUGUUUGCUUCACUUCCAGAUGAUGUCAAAGCUGACGAACAACUUUCUGAGAAGAUGUCUUUGAUUCAACAAUUUAUUCGGCCAGAAAAUUUGGACGUUAAGCCAACCUUUCAAAAUGAAACAUCAUGGCUGCUUGCACAGAAAGAACUUCAAAAGAUCAAUAUGUACAAAGCACCAAGAGAUAAACUUGUAUGCAUUCUCAACUGUUGCAGGGUCAUCAAUAACUUACUUCUUAAUGCUUCAAUUGCUUCAAAUGAAAACCCCCCUGGAGCCGAUGACUUUCUUCCUGUCCUAAUAUAUGUUACUCUAAAGGCAAACCCUCCUCAGUUGCACUCGAAUUUGUUGUAUAUACAACGGUAUAGGCGUCAAUCCCGGUUAGUUUCAGAAGCAGCUUACUUUUUCACAAACAUGCUCUCAGCGGAGUCUUUCAUCACAAAUAUUGAUGCUAAAUCAAUUUCAAUGGACGAAACUGAAUUUGAAAAGAACAUGGAAUUUGCUAGAGCUCUCAUCUCAGGGCUUUCAACUGAUUGGGAAAAUUUAUCUAAUCAGAGUGAUCAGAUUACAGGAAAUAGUUCAAAAGCAGAAGUUCUGGAAUCCAAACCUCAAAUCAUGGAAUCUAGGAAGGAAUGGGAGUCAUCAGUUCGACCCAAAACUUCUGAUUUGAGAUCUGGCAGUAAGGAUGGACAAUAUGUGAAAGAUGAGUCAACAAUGGGAAAGGCUUUCUCCCUGUCAGAUUUAGAGAAUAAAGGAGCUGUGAUGCUUUUGAAGGAGGAUUUGGCAAGCUUAGUCUUCCGAGAAUACCCAUAUUUGUUUGCACAUGCUGGUGAUCUGACAAUUAAUGAUGUGGAAGAUCUAUUAAGUAAUUACAAACAGCUGGUUUUUAAGUAUGUUUGUCUUUCCAAAGGGCUGGGUGGCACUACAUCUCAUGAGCUGUCCAAUUCUCAAACCAAUAUCCUUCAUGAUGCUGUAACCAUCAUGGAACAUCUAGAUUCUAGGCAGGCAGAUUCAAACGAUGAAUCACAAAAAGAAAGUACCAUUGCCAAUAGUUCCAGUACGUUUUCUCUUGUAAGUGAAGAAAACUUUGAGUCGAAGUCCUCACAGGAUGAGGCUCUAGCACAGCAGGAGGGAAAGGAGACUUCUCAAUGACCGCUCACCGAGGCUAGGCCAUGUCUUCUGCGGGAAGUAAUUCAACUAUAGUAUCUGCCAUCGGAGCUACUUGUUUCUGUUUCUGCUGAAAGGUGAAUCGGUUAGUCUUCCACUAUCAGGGCAGUGAUAGAAAUAAGGGAACAAUUGCAAACUCUUUCAAUGUGCAGCAUUUCAAGUAGUGUAUUUCCUUGGAGAUGACUGAUAGAAUUCAUUAUUCAGCAAAACCUGAUACUAGAAUACGUUUGUACACUAUUGAUUAAAUGGAAGCAGAUUGCACAAAUAUAUCUGACGACAGGCCCUGUUUGCUUUCAUUUAUCAUGAGGUACAUAUUAAUUCUUUCAGUUCUUUUUGAUACUGCUUUCCUUUCUCUAGGAAUCUCACCGUGUCGUUAUAUGAAAGAUGGAUUGAGCCGUAA